AGUAAAUUGAGGUUACGCUUACAUUCCAGAAAAUAACAACAAUGUGGAGACGUGGGUAAUUCUUGUAAAUAAGAAAUAUUAUGAUCAUCAAAAGAUCUGUUUGGUGCAAAAUCUAUUCUUGACAUGAGUACUACCCUUGGAUUUAAAAUCAAGGAUUGUGGAUACUCUUACAUAGUCCGAAAUUUGAGCCAGCGUGAACAGAAAUUAUUGAAAACGGUUUUUUUGGAAGCUGAUGAAGACUUAAAAGGGUAUUUGAACACAGAAGAUCUGAAAGUGGCCAUGGUGUCAUUAUUUGGCUACAAGCCAUCAAAAAGUGAAGCUAACCAAAUAUUGCAGCAUUAUGGACACACUAGGGAUGAUGAAGCGAUUGGCUUGAAUCUUGCUGAGUUUACCGAUGCAAUGACACCAAAAGUUAUCAACAUAGAUGAGGACGAGGAGAUUCGCCAGACCUUUAUGGCUUUUGAUUCUCACUGCAAAGGCUUUGUCACAGGGGAAGAUCUAAAGAAAGUGUUUGCUAAAAUUGCACCUCACAUGUCUUCCCACUGUUUGGAGAUGAUAUUCAGAGAACUAGACAGAGAUGGUGAUGGAAGAGUGAGCUAUAAAGACUUCGAUUUUAUGAUGAAGUUUGAUUGUUUAACCUGAUCCUCAUUAGUCUUAAAUCAGUCUUAUAUGUAAAAGAACCUAAGACAAUGGAAAGAGCAUAAAUUAUUUACCGUAAAUAACUAAAUUAUUUUUCAAAAUCAGAAUUAUCAUAAGGGUAAUAUGAUCAGUCCCAUUGCUGUCACUGUGUGUGUGUGUGUGAGGGAGAGGGAGUGGGAUAAACUGCUGACCAUUUUGCGUCUUUUGUGAAAAGAUCUUUCCAGAUUCAGUCUUGCAAAUUUCUCAUUAAAGAAAAAGUCAUAUGUUUGACUAGAGCAUUAA